AUGUAGACUUGGUGUUUACUUGGACCAUGUCAUUCACAUUUCCAGCUUGCUGAGUGGUCCUCGUGUUUCCCAGAGGCUCUCACCCCAUAAAAGAUGAUGGAUGGGCUGACAGUACCUGCCAGGCUUUGGCUGACACACUGUGAGUUCAGUGCCUGGAAACAAUAAAAGAGCAAUUUUCUGAAAAAUUUGCCUGCAAAAGGACCAGGAACAUGAAAGCCUUCUCAGUUUCCCACCCUAAGCCUCUUCUUUUCUCUGAGUCCCGGGAGGGUCUGGGAGGGCUGUCUCCCGUCAGGUUAAUUGGGGGUGACAUUAAAUGUAAUCUCUGCACCAGCCGCUGUACUGGCUCAGAGGGGAAGAGCCCUGGGGCGGCAGGCAGAGCCGCCGGGCUCCAGUCUGGCCCGAGUGGAGGCUCUUGUCAUGAACAACAGAAGCAAAGGCUGUGGGGGGUUGGGCAGUGUCAGACCUUUUCUCCUGAAAGCUGGAGGAGGUCACGCAGCCACGAGUUGACAAGCGGUGAUUCUGGCUCCGUAGCAGCCAUGAACCAAGGGAAGGCUCUUCCUCAGUCACGUCCAUCAGGGCUGGGCCCGACUGUCUGUAACUCACGCUGGGCAUCGCCCACAGCGCUGCGUUCCCAGAGGGCCGGGCCUUCACACUGGAUCUCUUUUUGUUACAGGACAAGAGGGGCUGUGCGUACUGGACUCAGUGUCCUGAAGACAGAUUCAGGAAGUGGUCGACUUCAGUCCUUCUCUUCGGUACUCUUAGGGCACUUCAUGCCAAUCAGCAAGUCACGGGAUGGCUGUAAGGUAUACAAGGUGGCUGAAAAGUUUAAGUCUAGAGAAGAUGAUGUUCGCAAUGGCUUGGUGAGCAGCUACUGUACCUCAGUUUCCUGCCCCUUCUUCACCCUUUCCCUGCGACACCAGGUCCUCACUAGGCGAACCGAAUCAAAGACGAUGAGCUAGUACAUCAGGUCCAUUUGUGCUUAUUUUUAUCCCUAGGUGCCUGCGCACACAGAGUACUCAAAUUUCAACACCAACUUUUUCUUCCUGGCCUUUGAAUUUCCUUAAAAGAAGUACCCUUUUCUUCCCUCUAUUAAAAUAUUUCUUUUUGACAAAAGGAGAACAUGAAAUUAUAUCUUUACUAUAACUUCCAAAAAAUGCUCAUGGCAAAAUUAAAGAUAAAAAUUAGGAGCCUCAGUGAAGUUCACACUCAAAAUGGUGAUAGAGACAAUGAGAUGUCACCUCACACCAGUAAGGAUCGCCACCAUCCAAAAGACAAACAACAAAUGCUGGUGAGGAUGCGGAGAAAGGUGAAUCUUCCUACACUGCUGGUGGGAAUGUAAACUAGUUCAACCAUUGUGGAAAGCAGUAUGGAGGUUCCUCAAAAACCUCAAAACAGAAAUACCAUUUGACCCAGGAAUUCCACUCCUA